AUGUCCUCUUCAUCCAAGUCGGCGCAGGACGACCCGGAGCCUGACCUCCACGGCGGGUUUCGCCCCAACGUACGAAGCACUCUGGCGGAAGUCGGGAGCGAUGGCAACAGGGUGGUGGUGCAAGACUUUUUUGCUGCCUCAGCCAACCCGCCUCCGGCUGCGGAAACUGCUGCGCCUUCAUCCCGCGUUGACGCAGCAGCCGCCGCCGCUGCGGCAAGGAGAGAAAAGGGCCGUGUCAGAUUCAAUAGCAACGCUGGAGCGUCGCAGGUCCCACUUGUCAACUUGAGGCCGCCUUCCAAGACACCGGAGCGACAGGAUACGCCCUCCCCAAAGCUACGGCCGUCCAUCCUGAGGGCAAACUCUUGUGGGGCCGUCAUCACAACCAAGGAUCUCCGAAUGGGCUCAGGCGUAGACUCUGAAAAGGCAAUCUCUGCCGUUGCCGCCCAGGAACGAGCUCAGCAAGUCGCGGCGAGGGUUCUUCGCGACUCUCCUCCAGGAUCUCGAGCCUCCAUAGAGUCGUCGAGCACGACGGUUGGGGAGCGCGAUGGGGCUUUACUUCCCAGCGACAUCCCCCUUCGAAGGCUGGCAGAAUCAGCCGUGGCAACCGACCGACAACCUCCGACACCGGAAAACGACGAAGACGAACGGGAGGCGACCGAGGAAGAGGCGUACGAUCUUGUCAAGUCCCACACUCGACGAUUUGCGUCGUCCAACUCCCCCAGCUCCCCUGCGGACGACGAGGCCGUUGCUGGCCCGUCUCGGGUCACGCCGAGCGACCUGAACGGAGGGCUGUAUGACGGAGUGUACACCGUGCCGGCUCCGAAGCAGUAUCGCGGAAACGUUCUUUCUCAGCUGUUGAAGUUGUAUAAGCCCACGGAUUCGGGACCCCAAGGCGCGCAUCACAGCCGCAACUGGAGCUCGUCGACUGCCGCAGGAUCAUGGACGCCGCCAGGAUUGGAAUCCGGCACUGCCACGCCCAACACCUGUCGCAGGAAGUGGUACGAAAACAACCGCUCUCAGGACACACUAGCCAACCUCGUGGAGGCUUCCACGCGGCUGGCGAACCCGAACAUGCAGGUUCCCGAGCCGAAAAGCCCCGGCAAACCAAAGCGCCCCGGCAACAAAAGGCGAACAAGCAACGGACGCCUCAGCGCGUACUGGCAUAAAGAAGAGGCCCGCAUCACGGUGCACAUUGCCGAAACUCUGUCGCGACAAGACUACAUCAUCAAGCUCUGCCGGGCGCUGAUGCUGUACGGCGCGCCUACGCACAGGCUGGAAGAGUAUCUCACCAUGACGGCCAGGGUGCUGGAGAUUGACGGCCAGUUUCUGUACCUGCCCGGCUGCAUGCUGAUUUCCUUUGACGACAGGUCAACCCACACGACCGAGGUGCGCAUCGUCCGCGUCGCCCAGGGCAUCGACUUGGGCAAGCUCAAGGACGUCCACCACAUCUACAAGGAGGUGAUGCACGACGUCAUAGGCGUGGACGAGGGGAUUCGUCGACUCGAUGAGCUCAUGAGCUCCCGCGACAAGUUUGGCGCUUGGACGAGGGUUGUCGUCUUUGGGUUGACCAGCGCCACCUGCGCUCCCUUCUCCUUCUCGGCACGCCUAAUCGACCUGCCCGUCGUGUUUUGCCUCGGUUGUCUGGUCGGGUUUCUGCAGUUGAUUGUGGCGCCCAUGUCGAAACUGUACAGCAACGUGUUUGAGGUGACGGCCACAAUCAUUGUCAGCUUGCUGGCCCGCGCUUUUGGCAGCAUCGCCGACGGCAAGCUGUUUUGCUUUUCAGCCCUGGCGCAAGGCGGCAUUGUCAUGCUCCUGCCCGGAUACUCUGUUUUGUGUUCAGCUCUCGAGCUCCAGUCCCGCGCCGUCGUCCCCGGGUCCAUCCGGAUCGUGUACGCCAUCAUCUACUCGCUCCUCCUCGGCUUCGGAAUCACCAUUGGCGCCUCUCUCUACGGGCUCUUCGACAACGACGCCACGUCCGCCACCACGUGUCACGACCCCAUGUCGAGCUCCUACGGCUUCAUCUUUGUGCCAUUCUUCAUCUUGUGCAUCAGCAUCCUCUAUCAGGCCAAGUGGCAGCAGAUGCCCGUCAUGAUCCUCAUCGCCUUCGUCGGCUACAUUGUCAACUUCUUCAGCAGCCUCAGGUUUGUCGGCAGCCCGCAAAUCUCCAACACGCUCGGCGCGCUGUCGGUCGGCAUCCUGGCCAACUUGUACUCCCGGCUACGGCACGGGGUGGCGGCCGCGACGCUCAUCCCCGCCAUCUUCGUCCAGGUGCCGGGAGGUUUGGCGUCGACCGGUGGUCUGUUGAGCGGGCUCAGCACGGCCAACAGGCUUACCAACUCUUCGACGGUGAUCAACGGCACCAGCACCGUGCAUUUCAACCAGGCCGAGCCGCUCAACACCGUCAUCUUCAACGUCGCCGCGUCCAUGAUACAGAUUGCCAUUGGCAUUGCCGUGGGCUUGUUCAUGAGCGCCAUGGUAAUUUACCCGCUGGGGAAGCGACGAAGCGGACUGUUUAGUUUCUAG